AUGGCCGAGAACAUUGCCAAACAGAAUCAAUACCAAUAUGCAGCCAAUUCGAGUCUUGUGCUACAGGCGGAUCGUAGUGGAUUAGCACGCAGAGACCAAGAGCCAACGGGCGAGCCCGAGUCAUUGUAUGGCAAGAUUGACCCCAAAGACUUUGGUUCACGGGCUGUGCGAGAGACACCAAAGGACAUUGAAGAGAAGAAAAAGAAGGCUGCAAAGCGAUCUGAAGAAUCAGCAGAGAAGCGACGUCGAAAAAAGGAGGAAAGCGCCAUCAGCAAAGCUUACGGCUACUCAUCAGUACUUUCAGCAACGGAUGAUUGGGAAGGAUUGAAUUAUCGGCCACGAACAAAAGAGACACGUGAAGCAUAUGAACACAUCUUAUCAUUCGUCUAUGAUCAUCUUGGUGACCAGGCUCGGGAUGUCAUUCGUAGCGCUGCUGAUGAUGUACUCGAGACGUUGAAGACUGAUACACUCAAAGACUUUGACAAGAAGCGUGAAAUCGAAUCCGUUAUUGGCAACAUUGAAUCCGACAAGUUUGCACAGCUGGUCAAUCUCUCAAAGAAGAUCACCGAUUACAAUGCUGAGGACAAUAUGGAUGUCGAUGAACGAGGUGAAAAGGUCGGCGAUAUCGAUGACGAAGUUGGCGUCGCUGUUGUAUUCGAUGAAGAUGAAGAUGAGGAAGAAGAAGAUGAUCAAUUCGAAGUGUGCGAUGAGGAUGAAGAGGAAGAAGCAAUGGCUGCUGCUGAGGCAGAUGCUGAUCACGUCUUAUCGGUGGGCCAAAAGAAUCGAUACAUGGAUGAAGAAGAGGAAGAAUCACCUGAUGAAGAGGAGGGCUUCAAGACUGUACUUCCUGGAUCCGAUGGCAGCAAAAAGAAGCGUGGCACAGCAACAAAGAAAUCAGACAGCGUUUCUCCUCACGACAUUGAUGCUUUUUGGUUGCAACGACAAAUCGCCACGCAUUAUCCUGAUCCUCACACAGCACAAGAAAAGACACAAAAGGCAUUCGACAUCAUUGGCUCUGAAUCUGUCAGCAUGCGUGAUUGUGAGAACGAGCUCAUGGGUCUCUUCGACUAUGAGAACUUUGAUCUUGUUCGUAUCCUUGUCAAGAACCGUGAUUUGAUCUACUGGUGUACUCGAUUGGCAAGAGUGACAGGCGAAGAACGAACGGCUUUGGAAGCUGAGAUGCAACAAAAGAAUGUGGGAUGGAUUUUACGUGAUCUUAGUGGUGACAGAGCUUUGCGUGGUGAAGCAUUGGAGCGUAAGGGUGUUGUUGACACUGCCAUGGAGAUCGAUGAGGAGCAACCCAGUGGUCGUAGCCGAGGACAGGUGCCCACUACUACUACCAUCACGCCUGGUACCACCAAGACACCUCGACAAAUGCUUGACUUGGAUGAUUUGGCAUUUGAACAAGGUUCGCAUCUUAUGUCUAACAAAAAGGUCAAGCUUCCUGAUGGUUCUUUUAAGCGUUCCAAGAAGGGUUACGAGGAGAUCCAUGUUCCAUCACCAAAGCCUCAAGCAUUUGCUGCCAAUGAGAAGCUUGUUCCUAUUUCAGAGAUGCCUGAAUGGACUCAUGAGGCGUUCCCUGGUGCAAAGAGUCUCAAUCGUGUGCAGAGCAGAUUGUAUCCUUCGGCCUUUGGUGGAGAUGAGAAUUUAUUGUUGUGUGCUCCCACUGGUGCAGGCAAGACCAAUGUUGCCAUGUUGACUGUUCUUCGUGAAAUGCACAACCAUCGUGAUCCUGAGACUGGUCACAUUGAUCUCGACGCUUUCAAGAUUGUGUAUAUUGCUCCUAUGAAGGCUUUGGUUCAAGAAAUGGUCGGCAAUUUUGGCAAUCGUCUCAAGCCAUAUGGUGUCAAUGUUGCUGAGUUGACAGGUGAUCGGCAAUUGACCAAGCAGCAAAUCGCUGACACCCAAAUCAUUGUCACCACACCAGAGAAAUGGGAUAUCAUCACUCGCAAGGCAACCGAUCGCAGCUAUACGUCAUUGGUACGAUUGAUCAUCAUUGACGAAAUUCACUUGUUGCACGAUGAGCGUGGUCCUGUAUUGGAAAGCAUUGUUUCUCGUACGAUUCGCACAAUGGAGCAGACACAAGAAUUGGUGCGUUUGGUCGGCUUGUCAGCAACUUUGCCCAACUAUGCCGAUGUCGCAGCAUUUUUACGUGUGGAUCCAAAGACUGGUUUGCAUCAUUUUGACAGCACUUUCCGUCCUUGUCCUUUGCGUCAACAAUUUAUUGGUGUCACUGAAAAGAAGGCUAUCAAACGAUUCCAAGUCAUGAACGAGGUGUGCUAUGAGAAGGUUGUGGAGCAACUUGAGAAUCGUGAGGAGAAUCAAGUCUUGAUCUUUGUGCAUUCUCGCAAGGAGACGGCCAAGACAGCAAAGUCGAUGCGUGAUCUUGCAUUGGAGCGUGAUACGCUUACUCGUUUCCUCAAGGAUGAUUCAGCUAGUCGAGAGAUUCUUCAAUCAGAAGCUGCCACUGUUAAGGAUGCCAAUUUGCAAGAGCUUUUGCCUUAUGGUUUUGCUAUCCAUCAUGCUGGAAUGACGCGUGCUGAUCGUACAUUGGUGGAAGAACUCUUUGCUGAUGGUCAUAUCAAGGUGCUUUGUUCAACAGCUACUCUUGCAUGGGGUGUCAAUUUGCCUGCACACGCUGUCAUUAUCAAGGGCACACAGAUCUAUUCACCAGAGAAGGGUCGAUGGGUUGAAUUAUCACCACAAGAUGUAUUGCAAAUGUUGGGUCGUGCUGGUCGUCCACAAUAUGAUACGUAUGGUGAAGGUAUCAUCAUCACAGCUCAUUCCGAAUUGCAAUAUUAUCUAUCAUUGAUCAACACGCAAUUACCGAUCGAGUCACAAUUCGUUGGCAAGCUUGCAGACAAUCUUAAUGCCGAGGUGGUGCUUGGAACGAUCCGUAACCGUGAUGAGGCUGUGCAAUGGCUUGGAUACACUUACUUGUAUGUGCGCAUGUUGAGAAAUCCAAUGUUGUACAGCGUAUCGCAUGAUGAUUUGGAAGAUGAUCCUUACCUGGAACAGAAGCGUGUGGAUUUGAUUCAUGCAGCGGCAUCCAUUCUCGACAAGUGCAAUUUGAUCAAGUAUGACAAGAAAUCAGGUCGAUUCCAAGUGACUGAGCUCGGUCGUAUCGCAUCUCAUUAUUAUGUCACCCAUCAAUCCAUGUCGACCUAUAAUCAACAUUUGCGACCUAUGAUGAGCCACAUUGAGCUUUUCCGCGUAUUUGCAUUGUCGGAUGAAUUCAAGUACAUUCCUGUGCGUGAGGAAGAGAAGAUGGAGCUUGCAAAGUUGCUUGAGCGUGUACCAGUGCCUGUCAAGGAGAGUCUCGAGGAGCCAACUGCCAAGAUCAAUGUGCUUUUGCAGGCGUAUAUCUCUCAACUCAAAUUGGAUGGCUUUGCAUUGGUUUCUGAUAUGGUCUAUGUCACUCAAAGCGCUGGCCGUAUCCUUCGAUCCAUCUUUGAAAUUUGUCUCAAGCGUGGUUGGGCACAAUUGACACUCAAGGCUCUUGAUCUUUGUAAGAUGGUUGAACAACGUGCUUGGUUAUCCAUGUCACCAUUGCGUCAAUUCAAGGCUAUGCCAGCUGAUUUGAUUCGUCGUUUGGAGCGCAAAGAGUUCCCUUGGGAUCGUUAUUAUGAUUUGAAUCCUCAAGAGUUGGGCGAGCUUGUUUCACAACCCAAGGCCGGCAAGAUGUUGCAUAAGUAUGUCCAUCAAUUCCCCAAGCUCGAAUUGCAAGCACAUGUGCAACCGGUGACUCGUUCAUUGCUCAAGAUGGAAUUGACUGUGACUCCUGAUUUCCAAUGGGAUGAGAAGGUUCAUGGCGUAGCACAGGCAUUCUGGGUGCUUAUUGAGGAUGUCGAUGGUGAGCACGUUUUAUACCACGAUUACUUUGUGCUCAAGCAACGCUAUGCUGAGGAGGAUCAUUUGUUGACAUUUACGGUGCCUUUAUACGAGCCAUUGCCACCCAACUACUUUGUCACUGUUGUAUCGGAUCGUUGGUUGCAUUCGGUUACCAAGUUGCCUGUAUCAUUCAAGCAUUUGAUUUUGCCUGAGAAGUAUGCACCACACACUGAAUUGCAUGAUUUGCAGCCAUUGCCAGUUUCAGCUUUGCGUAAUGCCGAAUUCGAAUCAGUGUACAGCGACUGGAUCUCGCAAUUCAAUCCUAUCCAGACUCAAGUAUUCAAUACGCUUUACACCACGGAUGACAAUGUGUUCAUUGGUGCACCUACAGGCAGUGGAAAAACGGUUUGCGCUGAAUUUGCAUUGAUGCGUCUUUGGUCACAAAAGGAGGAUAGCCGAGCUAUUUAUGUUGCACCCUUCCAGGAGAUUGUCAACGAACGUGUGGAACAAUGGCGCAAGAAAUUCGGUGAUACUGGUGGUGGCAAGCAAAUUGUGGCAUUGACGGGCGAGACAAGUGCUGAUUUGAAGCUUCUUGAGCUUGGAGAUUUGAUUGCAUGCACGCCAACACAAUGGGAUGUUAUUUCACGACGAUGGAAGCAGCGUAAGAAUGUACAGAAUGUGGAUCUCUUUAUUGCGGAUGAAAUGCACGUCAUUGGUGAUGAUCAAAUUGGUCCAACCUACGAAGUCAUUGUUUCGCGUAUGAGAUACAUCGCCUCGCAGACUCAGAAUCCUAUUCGUAUUGUGGCUCUCAGCACAUCGGUGGCCAAUGCACGUGAUCUUGGUGAAUGGAUUGGCGCUACUUCACAUUCAGUCUUCAAUUUCCAUCCUUCGGUGCGACCAGUGCCUCUUGAGAUCCAUAUUCAAAGCUACAACAUUCCACACUUUGCAUCAUUGAUGAUGGCUAUGGCCAAGCCAACUUACCUCGCAAUCACAGGCCAUUCAGCUGAUAAGCCGGUGUUGGUAUUUGUGCCCUCUCGCAAGCAAUGUCGUUUGACAGCUCUCGACAUCAUCACUUAUUGUGUUGGCGAUGAUACACCCACACGUUUCUUGCAUUGCAACAUUGAAGAGGUACAGCCAUUGCUCGAUCGCAUUCAAGAUAAGACACUUGUGGAGACAUUGCAACAUGGUAUCGGUUUCUAUCAUGAGGCACUUUCCAAGGGCGACAAGCGCAUUGUUCAACAGCUAUACGAAUCGGGUGCUAUUCAAGUGGUCAUUGCUUCACGUGACACAUGCUGGGGUAUUUCAAUGAGCUCACACAUGGUGGUGGUGAUGGGUACACAAUACUUUGAAGGCAAGGAACAUCGCUAUGUGGAUUAUCCAAUGAAGGACGUCUUGCAGAUGAUUGGCCGUGCUUGUCGACCAAGCGAUGAUGAGACAGGCAAAUGCGUAUUGAUGUGCAACGCCAACAAGAAGGAGUAUUACAAGAAGUUCUUAUUCGAAGCCAUUCCCGUUGAAUCUCAUUUGGAUCAAACCAUGCAUGACCACUUCAACGCCGAGAUUGUCACCAAGACGAUUGAGAAUAAGCAGGAUGCUGUGGAUUAUCUUACAUGGACAUUCCUUUAUCGACGUAUGGCACACAAUCCCAAUUACUAUGGCUUGUCUGGUACAUCGCAUCGCCACUUGUCCGAUCAUUUGUCCGAAUUGGUGGAGAACACAUUGAACGAUUUGCAAGAGACCAAGUGUAUCACAAUCGAAGACGAGAUGGAUGUCAGCCCAUUGAACCUUGGUAUGAUUGCAGCUUACUACAACAUCAACUACACAACCGUCGACAUGUUCAGCGUCAGCUUAAAGAGCAGCACCAAGCUCAAGGGUCUCUUGGAAAUUGUGUCAUCGGCUACCGAGUUCGACAACAUCCCCAUUCGUCAUCACGAGGAUGCAGUACUCAAGCGUAUCUACGAACGUUUGCCUGUCAAGUUGGCUCAACCAAAAUACAACACACCAAGAAUCAAGACCAUCAUUCUUUUGCAAGCUCACUUUUCUCGUCUCCAAUUGACACCCGAUCUUCAAUCCGACCAAUCCCUCAUUUUGGGUCGUAUCAUUCCUUUGUUGCAAGCAUGUGUCGAUGUGAUUUCUUCCAAUGGAUGGUUACCACCAGCAUUAUCAACCAUGGAAUUGGCUCAAAUGUGUGUACAAGCAAUGUGGGAUCGUGAUUCACCUCUCAAGCAAGUACCCUAUUUCACCAGCGAUGUCAUCAAGCGUUGUGAGCAACAUGAAGUUGAAUCAGUAUUCGACAUUAUGGAAUUGGAAGAUGAUGUACGCAAUGAUGUGCUACGCAUGGAUAAGAACCGAUUACGUGAGGUGGCCAACUUUGUCAAUCGAUACCCCAACGUUGAAGUCGGCUUUGAAGUGGCUGAUCCUGAGUCCGUUGCAUCUGGUGGUGUCGUUAACGUGAAGAUUCAAAUUGAGCGUGAAGGUGACGAGGAUGAAGAAUUGGGCCCUGUGGUGGCACCCUAUUUCCCUGCAAAGAAGGAUGAAGGCUGGUGGAUCGUUAUCGGUGAUCCUACUACAAAGACUCUUUUGGCUAUCAAGCGUGUCACUUUGGCACAUCGUCUCACUGCCAAGCUCGACUUUAUUGCUCCCAAGGCUGGCCAUCACAAUCUCAAGUUGUAUCUCAUGUCUGACAGCUACAAUGGAUGCGAUCAAGAAUUGGAUAUGGAGCUCGACGUCGCUGAAGGCGAAGAUAGCAGUGAAGAAGAUGAAAGCAUGGAUGAAGAUUAA